AAAACCUAAUACUCUCCUUCUCCCGCUGCUCUCCCUACCUCGCUCACCCUCUCUCUUACUCCGGCGAGAGAUACCGGCCACCGGCGAAGAAGAAGGCUCUUUCUCUCUCCCACCGCUUGGUUUUAGGUUAAUUUUGGAGAACAAGACAAAAACACCUGCAAAAUCUAGGGCUUUUCGAAGAUUUGGGUAUUUCAUUUCAUCCGAAUCAUUUGAGGUUUUUUUUUUUUAUCUAAUUUUGCUUUGCAAAAUCUAGGGCUAUUCGAAGGAUUUGGGUAUUUCUUUUGAUUUGGGAUUUGGGUAUUGGGCAUGCUCUCCCUCCUAGCUCACACUCUCUCUCACUCCGGCGAUGUAGCUUUUCUCCGGCGAAGAACAACGUGAUAUCUUGCCAAGCUCCUGAUCAUUCGCAAAAGGGUUACGUCUCUCUCUCUCUCUCUCUCGGGACCGAAUCUCAAUCCGUUCCGUUGUUUGGCACACUAUCGAAAGCGGCCCCGGCGGUCAAACACCAAAGUCCACUAGAGUGUUCUUUUUUUUUUUUUUUGUCAAACUGCUUGAUUUGGACCGUCCGAUUGAUCCUACGCUAAACAUUAAAGGCACGGCAGAGUAAAAUAGGAAAAAGUACAGAGCACGCGUGGACGCUACAGUCGCCUCUCUCUGCCGCCCGAUCCCUCCCAAGCUUUUGCAGAUCUCUUGGCCUCUUUGUUUGGUUUCUGAGAAAACUGAGGAAAGUUAAAAGAAUUUGCAAGCCUCGUUCGGUAUUUUUGUCGAGCAGAAGAUGGACAUAAUAUCGCAACUACAAGAGCAAGUGAACACAAUCGCAGCGCUGGCCUUCAACACCUUCGGAACGCUCCAGAGGGACGCUCCUCCGGUGCGACUCUCUCCGAACUACCCGGAGCCACCACCGAAUACCGCCGAGGACGCCGCCGCGAAUAUCUCCGAACAGCCUAAGCCCCUCAGCGCCGCUCUGGUCAAGGCCGCUAAACAGUUUGAUGCUCUGGUUACAGCACUGCCAUUGUCUGAGGGAGGUGAAGAAGCGCAACUGAAAAGGAUUGCGGAACUGCAGGCCGAGAACGAUGCCGUUGGUCAAGAGCUUCAGAGACAACUGGAGGCUGCAGAGAAGGAACUAAGAGAGGUCCAGGAGUUGUUCGGCCAAGCGACGGAUAAUUGCUUGAAUUUGAAGAAACCAGAUUGAAGAAGAGGAGAGGAGAGAAGAGAAGAACAUCAUCGUUUACUUCUGUUUUCCUGUCGUUUAUACUCCCCUUUGUUACCUUCCUAUAAUAUCAUUUCACUCAUCUUUUCCAUGCAAAGGCAUCUAAUGUAGUCUUCAUUUCAAUGGCCACUGAAAACUUUUUUCUUU